AUGUCUUCCAUCCAGCAAAUCGUCUUCUUCGCCGCUCUGGCUUCCUCCGCUCUUGCGAGCCCUCUCAUGGUCCGCGAUAGCUGCAACGUCGCCCCAACCGCCACUGGCAGCCAGACCCCUCUCAGCGCCCCCUCCGUCACCACUGCUGAGCUCUGCAAAGAGGCUUGUGAGGCCAAUGCUUCUUGCAAGUCCUUCGUCUUUGGUCUGCCUUCCGGUGCCAGCACACCUACUUGCCAGUUGUACUCGGUCCCUGCUUCUCAGGUUCCUACCCACGACACAAACCUGAAUGUCUGGGACGUCGACUGCUCGUCUUCCCAGGUCCCCACCACUGCUCCUACCACGGCAAACCCACAGGGCCAGGUCUCAUCCGCCUCGACUGGAUCUACUGGCUCGACUGGCUCGACUGGCUCGACUGGCCAGACAGGUCAGUCGGGACAGACCGGACAGACCGGUCAGACUGGAGGAAAGAAGGCCAACAAGCGCGAUGUCUGCGGAUCCGCCCCGACUGGACCAUCCACCGCUGCUGCUCCUUCUCCCUUGAAGACCGAUACCUCCAUCGCCAACCAGGCCGACUGCUUGGCUCUUUGCAAGCAGACCAGUGGUUGCCAAUCUGUCGAGUUUGGUACUUUCGACGGAGCCCAACAGUGCCGCCUGUUCCAGGUCCCCGCCUCUCAGCUGCCCCCCGCUUCCUCUGGCCAGAGCUUCGUUGCCUACGACCAGGGCUGCUAA